GUUUUUUACAUAAUAGCCGUGAGGUUGAUCCAGAACAGACACAAGAUAUUCGUAGAUACCUAACAUUUUACCAUUUUUGACAACUGCAGUUUUGUGCCUGAAAAAUAUUGAAAUGAAAGCAGAAAAGGUUGAAGUUACGUUACAGCAUAGGAGUCUCGUUGAACUUAUUGUAUUUGUAACGAUUAUAAUAUGCCAAGCAUCUGAAGGCGAAUCGGUCGCCGGUGACGUCAUAACCUCAACGCCCGAGUUGCUAGCCGGCACCCUGCCUUCUGCAACGACGACAUCGCAGGGGGGCGUGGUCGGACCGCCCUCCCCAAUCAACCACCAAGGCGGACUGCUGUCGUUGACCAAUGCGCCGGCUCCGCCCAGUCCGGAUAGCACCCCACGCCUAUAUCCUUGCCACAUCGUCACGCCCGCAGAGGAGGAGGGACGGGGCAAUAGACCAAUUCAGGAGGAUCAGAAGGUCUUUGACGGAGGCGGAGCUUUCACCAUUGGGACCACUGCCAGUGUUAUCAGGCCAAUCUCCUCCCUGCGUUCAGCCAGCCCACCCACGGGCCGUCCCUCGCCACCGUUCAGCCCCACCUCUCAACCCCCACCCAGACCGCACAGUUCGCCAGGUCGGCCCGCCACAGCAUCAUCGCCACGCCUUUCGCCUGUCAUCCGACACGCCCCAUUGGCUGCCGCGGUAGCCGCAGCGGCUGCAGCUCCGCCCCGCGGCGUCAUCAUCAGCCAAUCUCAGCAGCAGUUGUGGCUGAAGCAUAGUCGGAUCAACGGGGUUAAGCCUGAAUUGAUUGGGGGCAGCUUUCCGCCCGCAUCUCCUGUUGGAGCGACUGUUUCGCAAUCACCGGGAAGCAGCCCCCUUCACCGGUCAGGUUCCAUGAGCCACCACCAUCACCACCAACCCUCUCCGUCUGGGGUGCGGUCGACGCCCACUGUGAUAAUGGGCGAGGCGGGGGGCGUGCGCACCAUGAUCUGGUCGCAACCCUCACUGAUUCCAGGGCCGGCCUCGCCGCAGCAGCAGGACCAUGCGACGACAAGUUGGCAGGCUGCGGCUGCGGUAGCUGCCGCUGCUGCUCAAGUUGGAGUCGAUGAGACUGCUGCGCAGCUGUUGCUCAAUCUAGGUCAAGACCGCUUGCGGCUGCCGGUGACAAGCACGACGAUGGUAAACACGGGCAACAGCAACGGAGGCGGUUCUAGCAGCAGCGGCGGUCGCCCCUCCCCACACUCCCCGGUUUCCUACUCGCCUUCGACAGGGGGCGGAGCUACAACAGGUGGGGGUGGGUCUCCUCUGAAUAUGGAGCGACUGUGGGCAGGCGACUUGCGGCAGUUGCCAGGGGCGGCGGCCAUCGCGGCUGCAGCUGGGAACUCGCAGCAGUUACACGCGCUCAACCUGUCUGCACCUACCGCUGCAGCGGCGGCGCUGCUGGGGUAUACGCCAAUGGACGUGAAGCCCUUACUAGACCCGGCAGGCGUAGAUCCCCAGUCCACGUCGGGAGCAGAUGAGGAAGAACAGCCAAUGAUUUGCAUGAUAUGUGAAGAUAAAGCCACUGGGUUGCAUUACGGCAUUAUCACCUGCGAAGGAUGCAAAGGCUUCUUCAAACGGACCGUCCAAAACAGGAGGGUUUACACGUGUGUAGCAGAUGGCAACUGUGAAAUCACAAAGGCGCAGAGGAAUAGGUGUCAGUACUGCAGGUUUAAGAAGUGUAUAGAACAAGGCAUGGUAUUACAAGCUGUACGAGAAGAUAGGAUGCCAGGCGGUAGGAAUAGUGGGGCUGUCUAUAAUCUGUACAAAGUGAAAUACAAAAAGCACAAGAAACCUUCCGCCAAACAGCAACCACAGAAAGCAUCGGAAAAAGCCAUUUUGGCGCACCAGCUCAAGCAACAACAGCAGCAAAUGGAUCCGAGCGGAGCGGCCGGCAUGGGUUCGCUACCGUCCAGCCUGGUGAACGGCACCAUCCUCAAGACGGCUCUGACCAACCCCAGCGAGGUGAUACGGUUGAGGCAGCGGCUGGAUUCCGCCACCGUCACCAGCAGUAGGGACAGAAGCUUCUCCGUGGAGUACUCCAUGGCCAUGAUCAAAACCUUAAUCGACUGUGAUGAGUUCCAGGACAUAGCGACGUUGCAGAACCUGGACGACCUGCUCGACCACAACACCGACCUGAGCGAGAAACUGUGCAACAUCGGCGAUUCGAUCGUGUACAAGCUGGUGCAGUGGACGAAGCGGCUGCCGUUCUACCUAGAACUGCCCGUGGAGGUGCACACGCGCCUGCUGACGCACAAGUGGCACGAGCUGUUGGUACUCACCACCAGCGCCUAUCAGGCCAUACACAAACACCAACCCCAGCAGCAGAACAGGGAACAUCAGUCUACCGUGCUCGAGGCGGACUUUAAUCAGGAGGUGGAAACGAACUUAUGCACCCUCCAGAGUUGUCUGACAUCGAUGAUGGGCCGUGAGAUCACCAUAGAACAGCUGCGUCAGGACGUCGGACUGAUGAUUGAGAAGAUCACCCACGUCACGCUAAUGUUCCGGCAGAUCAAACUCACCAUGGAAGAAUAUGUGUGCCUUAAAGUUAUCACCAUGCUGAACCAAGCGAAACCCUCAAGCACCAGCGGGAACAGCGAAUUGGAGGCUAUUCAUGAAAGAUACAUGACUUGUCUCCGCGUGUACACGCAACACAUGUAUCCUCAACAAAUUACGCGGUUCCAAGACUUGCUGGUUAGACUGCCCGAGAUCCAGUCAGCGGCUUCUCUCUUGCUGGAAAGUAAAAUGUUCUACGUUCCUUUUCUACUAAACUCGGCUAUUCAAAGGUAGUAGCGUGGGGCGGACUGAGUAGGCGAAUUUUAAAAUGACUAUUUAUAAAGGGAAACAGAUAUGUUUACAGAAAGAAAGAUAAUGAAAAAUGUAUAUAUCGAAAUGCAUAUACACUCAAAUAUUUAAAAGUGGUCGUUAUAUAGUAUAUAUUAUAAAGAAAAAGAAUGAAAUUUAAUUUCAUAUUUGUUAUGUUUAAAAGAAUAAAUUUCACAGGUACUGAGUAGUAUAAAUAUUAAAUUAUAAUAUAUAUCAUCGAGAGAAAUAUCGUGAACCUGAUAUUCCAACGUGGAUAAUAGACUGAUUUUAUGAUGAAAUUAUAGAUCCUGGAUCGUCGAUGUGGUGUUCGUAAAAUUGUAAAGUAUUACCCAUCAUCUCACUCUCCCAUUUCACAUGAUCAUCAUGAAUCACUGGGAAGUAUUAUUACUCCAUAUCAUCUAUGUCCGCAUCAUUUGACAUCGUCAGUACAAUUGCCUGGUUUUUCCAAAACUUUUAGUACUGUUUGCAUGAAAGCAGAAGGUAAUAAUACCCUCUCCAACAAGGGCUUUCCAUGAACGAUAAAGAUUUUAUCACUUAAUUUUGUCAAAGAUCUGUUAGGAUUUUCAAAAUGUUUGUAUUAAAGUUUACGCAUCGCACGUUUUCACAGUAUGGAGAGCUACAGAAAAAGCUUGUGCAUACAUUUAUUAAGCUCAGUUUUUCAAAUCGGUCAUGCCUUAUUGAAGAUUUAAGCGAAAAACCUAGGCAAACAUAAAUCAUAAAGCAUUAUUUUAGAAUGUGAUAUAAUCACCCUUUCGUCCACAGCUUGUUCAUCAUAAAAGUUACGAACAUCACUCGAACGAUAUCUCGAAGAGGCUUGUCCAAUACCCCGAAAUGGAGUUAUAUGCAAGAUUGAUGUCAAGCAUGUUUUUAAUGAGACUCUGUCUUUCGACUGCUGCUUUUAUGUAGAACUGAUUAUCUGACUGUUGAAACAUUUUCGAAGUUGGAGCUAACUUCCUAGAUAAAACUGCUGAGUGUAAGUAUUUGCCAGUGAAUGGGAUUGGUAUUUGAGGAUAUUACUAGAAAAGCGUACUGGUUGAUUUGAAAAAUAUGUAGGCAUAUGCAUUCACAGAAGAUUUUUCGAUGGGAUCGAUAGCCGCAUCCAAAUACCUAACUUCAAAUGGGCCAAAAGUUGAAAUUAUACUGUACAAAAGUGUGCCCCCUUAUAGCUUUAUUAGGUUGAGUUCUGGGCAGUUUACGAAAAUUAAGAUGGUCUUUUCUCUUAUUGUAUCUUAAGCUUCUAUUUUAGAGAAUCACUGUUAUUGUUGUUCCGUUGCUUACCCAAAUUCAAGUCUCGAUAUUUUCGGAACGGAAUCCAGUUGCAGUAUUCGGGAGGUUCUUUUAGAACACGUACAGUGUUCGACCGGU